GGACGUCGUCGUACGUCUAGUACCGAUAACCCAGCUUUGGUUGUAAAUUUGACUCGUAAUCUGCCGACAUGGAAGAAAAUAAGCUGGUCACCGAAAAUGCGCCGGACUUUAAUGAAUUAGACUCUGUGAAUCAGGAUGAGGCCAUUUUAGCGCAAGAGAGAGAAAUCGAGAAAGAGAUAGCACAUUCUCAACCUCUUAUUGGACCAAAAGAAGAACUAAGAAGCUUGGAGUCUGAAUAUCGUACUGAUGAUGAUGUUUAUCAAGCCAAAAUACAGCAUCUUGAGAAACACUACAAGUGUCUGCGCAGGACGAGAGGUGAUGGCAACUGCUUCUUCAGAGCCUUUGGUUACUACUACAUGGAACAGUUACUUCGGAAGCCUGAUGAUCUAAAGAAGUUCAAAGCAAUGGCAGCACAGAGCAAGAGCGAGCUGGUCAAACUUGGAUUUCCUGAAUUUACGAUUGAUGACUUUCAUAGCACUUUUAUGGAAGUGCUGGAGAAGGUGGAGUCUGGAAUUGCUGUGGAAGAUCUACUGAACGUCUUUAAUGAUCAAGGAUUUUCUGACUACAUUGUCGUAUAUCUGAGGCUGCUGACAUCAGGCUACCUGCAGAAGGAAGCUACCUUUUUCCGUAGCUUUAUCGAGGGCGAAAGGACUGUUAAGGAGUUCUGCCACCAGGAAGUGGAGCCUAUGGCAAAGGAGAGUGACCAGAUUCAUAUCAUCGCUCUCACCUCUACAACGGGUAUUGGCGUUCGCAUAGAGUACAUGGACCGCAGCCAGACCUUCGGCAAGACUGAGGUUAACCACCAUGACUUUCCGGAGGAGUGCACCCCUCAGGUGUACCUGCUUUACAGGCCCGGUCACUUUGACAUUCUCUACCAGUGAGAAUUGCGUCGGCUUGCGCUCGUGUGUUCUGUGAACAGGUGCAUGCUUAUUGGUGGGAAUCCAACCAUUUGCACUCCACAGUACCAUUGACUUAUACAUUCUCUACCAGUGAAAACUAAUCACCUCACGUGUGUGCGUGUGUGUGUGUCUGUGUGUCUGUGUGUCUGUGUGUAUGCAUGCGCGAGUGCGUUCGUGAGUGCGUUCGUGUGUGUGUUCAUGUGUGCGUGUAUGUUGAGGUGCAUACAUACUGUGAAGUUCAAUCAUUUACCUGCGAUUCCGGCCCGGUGACUCUGACGUUCUCUAUCAGUGAAAACUAAGUCAGCUCAAAUAUGUGUGCAUAUAUGUAUAUAUGUAUGUAUAUAUGUAUGUAUAUAUGUAUAUAUGUAUGUAUAUAUGUAUAUAUGUAUAUAUGUAUAUGCUCAUAUAUGUAUUAGUUCAGGUGCAUACAGGUUGCAUAAUCCUAAUUGAGUACUCAGUGUAUACACAUUGUGUGUAUAGUGCAUAUAGGCGUUUUCAUGCACGCGAGCGCCUGUGCAAAUGUGUGACAUCCUGUACAUCCUGCUGGUGAAGGAUUCGGUUUCACUAGAUGGGAACAGGGAAGGCUGUAAAGCGUUGGCACGUAAAGUGUCUAUGGUUAUGUGUGCAUUAUUAAAAGAUGUAUAGAAUUGCCUUUCAGAGAAGAGGUACUAUUGAUAUAUAUGUACCACAUGGGCAGGUAUAUGGCAAGGUGCACAGUUGGACAUAGUAAAAAGGCAUGUGGUAAUAAGAUAUAUAGUAAAGUCAUGAGACAUGUAGCAAAGGCAGUAAAAUUGUGGAAAUAGAAACUGAUCUUAGAUGUGUUGCAAGUAAUAUGUAUAUAUAUAUAUAUAUAUAUAUAUAUACAUAUUGUAUGUAUGUAUAAGAAGUAUGCUGAGGUAUGUAUGUAUAAGAAGUGCACAUCCUGGCAACACGUCUGCCAGCUGUACUACCUCUCACUCCCUCUUGAUCCACUGCUGAGGUUGGUAGAAUGAGGUAUAGGUUUGCACUAGGCUUGUUAGAAAAUUGUAGUGGAGCUCAUAAAAAGAUGUUACAUGAAUGGUAGCAAUAUUCCUACAAACGCAGCAUGUACACGAAUGUUUAAUGCAUGCAUGUGUCGAGAUGUGCAGUAUACAUCUUAAAAUUGCAUGUAAGGAGUGUUUGGUUUAUGCAAAUGGUUGCAAUCAAAUACCAGAUAUCUGUAGUAUAUGGAAAUAAUAAACCUUGCGUAGCUGUAGUGUAAAGUCAUCUUGAAAAUAUUUGCACAGAGAAUAUUUUUAUAUGAAGCUCCCACCAGGAAUGGCUCAUCAUGGCAGUUCAUAAAUUUCAGCAAGGCAGCGUUUAGAAAACGACAUUCAAUCAGGUUCAUAUCCUGGUUACUGUGGUUACGAUCUCAAUGAGGACCACAAAUGCCUAAGCAAACGCUAGAGCUAUAACUUUAAAGGUUUACUGUAUACUUUCGCCUUGCCAAUUUUUUGAACUAGCCACUUACCUUCAUCGUCAUUAGUGUAAAAUUUAUAUUAAUGGUAUGUUUUCUAGCAAGUGCUUAUAGUUUGUUACUCAUCCACUAGUAACACGUGAUAUUUGCAGAGGAUUCUGUUGAACUAGGCGGUGCUCUCCAGAGCCUGAUGGGCUCUAACAGUCUAUUAGUAUGUAUAGUACAGGCAUAAGUAUAUAGAAUCUCUUUACUAUGCCACUGUGCCAUUUCCACCAUGUUAUUUUUGCUUAUUUGCAUCUAUUUAUAGUUCAAAUUACCGCUGUGACCUAGUAAAACAUUUACAUUGCUAUAGCAGUCUAUCCCCACAAAAUCUUGGUUGGUUGUAACAGUUGAAUAUUUCGUACCCAAUCGUAUAGUGGAGAUUUUGUAUGAACUAGUUUAAAAUAUAUUUUAUAUUUCAAGCACUUUCAUAUUAAGUCGUAUAUCACACUUUUUCGUUUGAAAAGGCACGUGGAAGUUAUCAUGUUGCAGGGGAAAUCAUUAUGGUUCUUUGUAACUGCUCUGUAACUGUAGCUGAACUGUAAAAUGCAAGAAAGCAGCCUAGCUGAAAUUUCUAUCCGUCAGAGCACCUCCAGUCUAAUAUAACACAAAUUUCGAAGCAAACUUACCUACAACUGAUUUUCAUGAAGAUUAUGUAAUGUAGAGGUGUAUAAAAAGGCAAUCUAGGCUGUUUCUUUGCUCUUUAUUUGCUGUUAUUAUAGCAUCUUUAAUAUUUCAUAGUAAUUCCUCAACGACAGGGCAUGUAACGAAUAUAAACGUGCACCAGCCGAUUCUUUUGUGAUGAUUGCAAUUACCUGUGUUACACUUAAUAGAUGUGAGGUACAUGUAUAAGAAGGUA